AUGGGUGCAAUUCUUUCCAACCUGGCUGACGACGCUUCAGCCUACCCAUUACAAGAGGAUGAAGGUACCUUGAUGAUUACCGGUCUCGCGACCAAAUGGCCACCCAAGCUUAUUGGUCCAGAAGAUAUGAAAGCAUAUGCCCUGAACCAUUACCCAGAAAAUGCCCCCUGGCUCCAAAGCUUAUUGAAGAUUAACGAACAAACUGGCAUACAAACUCGUGCCGUGGUAGACAUCUGGGAUGACCCACAAUGGAAUCAGGAUAGUUCCCCUACAGCAGAAGACGUCGAUACUGCAUUUCGUAACUACGGAGUCCAGCUUACAAAGGCUGCCGCCCUAGAUGCCUUGAGAGAUAGCCACAUCACCCCAAGCUCCGUUACACAUGUUGUGGCAGUCACAGCAACCAAUGCGGGCAGCCCGGGGUAUGAUCAGAUCGUAGCCCGGGAGUUGGGCAUUCCUGCGACUGCAGAAAGAGCUCUCCUUGCUGGUGUUGGCUGCGCUGGAGGCCUAGCUGCACUAAGGGUAGCCUCUAAUCUAGCAAGAGCAGCAACCUUACAACACCAAGAGGCACGGAUUUUGAUUAUUGCGUGUGAGAUCUGCAGCAUCCAGAUCCGGGCUGAGCUCCAUGCUGCAUCCCAAUCACAUACUGUCGGGAUCGGGCCAGCCCUCUUUGGUGACGGUGCGGCGGCUAUGGUGUUGUGCAACUCUUAUAACCUGAAUGACAAGGUUCCUAGACGCUUCAGCGUUAUUGAUUGGCGGACAUGUAUCACCCCCAGGACACAUGAGGACAUGUCCUAUCAAGUAACAUCUAAUGGAUUCCUUCUCUCGCUCUCGAAGCAGGUUCCUAAGUACACUGCUGCCUCUCUGCAAACGCCGUUUCAAAGCCUACUCGAGACAAAUGGAAAACGAAUGUCUCCAGUGGACUUUGACUGGGCUGUUCAUCCCGGUGGCCUUUCUAUCAUUAAAGGUGCGCAGAUGGCAAUGAAAUUGCCCGAUGAGGCAUUGAUGGCGAGCUACGAGAUCUAUAGGAGUCGGGGAAAUGCAUCAAGCGUGGCAGUCCUUGCCGUCUUAGACAGGUUACGGUCGAUGGAGAUGCGAAAACCAGAUGUCAUUGCGUGCAGCUUUGGACCUGGCCUCACCACGGAAAUGGUUCUCCUGAAGCGAUGGUUGUAA